UGCUUCUGCAGCCAGCGCAAGAGGGAGAGAGGGAUGGAUAUUGGAGGAGGAAUUCGGGCUUAACAAGUGAUCAUUGCUGUCUAGGAUUUUGUUUCUCUUUUUGGGGAACGUUGACUUCCUUUCCUAGUCGAGCCCUCUCUUGCUGAACUCCAGAGGAACCAGAAGUAUUGGGGUCUUCCCUGGGGCAGCCCGGAUCCCCACCCCCAGGCUCCAGCAGCGAGGACUCUGUGCUUCCCUGGACAGGCAACAGAACUUGCACUGUGGAUAUUUUGGAGGCUACACCUGCCAAAGCCGGAAGGAUCCCUUCCCCUCGCAAGAUCAUUCUUCCCCUCCUCCAGCUGUUGCAGCUGGAGGACGGAAAAUAAACCAACAGGGGCAAUUUCUUUAUUUUUAUAUUUCACCCUGCCUGGGGACGGUGAAGUGCUUCUUCUACAUGAUUUUAUCUGAAGAAUGCUCUGCAUUUCCUUGAUAUCUAUGGAGACCUCAGAGCUGGUUUUGUCUUUGCUGACACCUCACCUUGCACCUUUUCUACCUCCCAAGGUCUUUGCCUCUGUCUAUAGCUUGGCAUUGCCCCUGGGUUCGAGAAGCCUUUGAUGAACUUAAGGGAAGAAUCCGAAAAAUCAUACUGAUAGGCUUUGAGCAGCAAUGGCUGGGCAUACUUCAAAUCACACCUUAAUAUGGGUCAAGCUGUCACUAGAAGGCAAGUGCUAAGACUAAAGGCUUAUUUGCAUUUUAUUUGAAUUUGGUGGACUGAACUUUGGACAGUUUCCAUGGCAGAAAAAUAUAUUUCAUUUUCUAGGUACAACUGCUGGCUGUCUGAUACUUGCUGCCCUUGAGUUGUGCAAUGUCUACAACCACAUCCAAACAAUUUCCAAAUUUGAACAUCUAACCUGAAACACAGGUGUUUGGGAGGCACCCCCACCCACUCACCUUUCUCCAUGUUUUUCUGACUUAGUCUUGAGAGUACUAGCCUGUUAUCUAGACCAGCCAAACUCUGAAGAGCAAUGUUGAAUCCCUGGGAAGUGAGAGCAUGGGGCGUGCUGAUUUAAAAACAGAAAAUGCAAAAUUGGACUGAAAAUAUCCUUAGUCUUCCAAGCAAUCUGCUUAAGGGUUCCAAACUUACCUUAAUUUGGUGAGGAAAGAAGCUGCCCUAUUUUUCCUUUUUCUUCUCCUACCACCGGAACCAGCCAUUUUCAAAAGCCACCGCCAUGGAGGUUGCAAUGGUGAGUGCGGAGAGCUCAGGGUGCAACAGUCACAUGCCUUAUGGUUAUGCAGCCCAGGCCCGGGCCCGGGAGCGGGAGAGGCUUGCUCACUCAAGAGCAGCUGCAGCAGCUGCUGUUGCAGCAGCCACAGCUGCCGUGGAAGGCAGCGGGGGUUCUGGAGGGGGCUCCCACCACCACCACCAGUCACGUGGGGCCUGCACCUCGCACGACCCUCAGAGUCGGGGUAGUCGGAGGAGGAGGCGACAGCGGCCCGAGAAGAAGAAAGUCCACCACCGUCAAAGCAGUUUUCCUCAUUGCUCUGACCUGAUGCCCAGUGGCUCUGAGGAGAAGAUCCUGAGGGAGCUGAGUGAAGAAGAGGAAGAGGAGGAGGAGGAGGAAGAGGAGGAGGAGGAGGGCAGGUUUUACUAUAGUGAAGAUGACCACGGUGAUGAGUGCUCCUAUACGGACCUGCUGCCUCAAGACGAUGGAGGUGGCGGUGGCUACAGUUCCGUCCGCUACAGUGACUGUUGUGAACGCGUGGUGAUAAAUGUAUCAGGCCUACGCUUUGAGACCCAGAUGAAAACUCUGGCCCAGUUUCCAGAGACUUUGUUGGGGGACCCUGAGAAAAGGACUCAGUACUUUGAUCCUUUGCGCAAUGAGUAUUUUUUUGACAGGAACAGGCCCAGCUUUGAUGCCAUCUUGUAUUAUUACCAAUCAGGAGGCCGCCUGAAGAGGCCAGUCAACGUUCCGUUUGACAUUUUCACUGAGGAGGUGAAGUUCUACCAAUUGGGAGAGGAAGCCCUGCUCAAGUUUCGGGAGGAUGAGGGCUUUGUGAGAGAGGAGGAGGACAGGGCCCUGCCAGAGAAUGAAUUUAAAAAGCAGAUUUGGCUUCUCUUUGAAUAUCCAGAGAGUUCUAGUCCAGCAAGAGGCAUAGCCAUAGUAUCUGUCCUGGUCAUCUUAAUCUCCAUCGUCAUCUUUUGCCUGGAGACCUUGCCAGAGUUUAGGGACGACAGGGAUCUCAUCAUGGCGCUGAGUGCUGGCGGGCACAGUGGGUUGUUGAACGACACCUCGGCACCCCACCUGGAGAACUCAGGGCACACGAUUUUCAAUGACCCCUUCUUCAUCGUGGAGACAGUCUGCAUUGUUUGGUUUUCCUUUGAGUUUGUGGUACGUUGCUUUGCUUGUCCCAGCCAAGCGCUCUUCUUCAAAAACAUUAUGAACAUCAUUGACAUUGUCUCCAUUUUGCCUUAUUUCAUCACUCUGGGCACUGAUCUGGCCCAGCAACAGGGGGGUGGCAAUGGGCAGCAGCAGGCCAUGUCCUUUGCCAUCCUCAGGAUCAUUCGUCUGGUCCGAGUAUUCCGGAUCUUCAAACUCUCCAGGCAUUCCAAAGGCUUGCAGAUCCUGGGCCACACCCUCAGAGCCAGCAUGCGGGAACUGGGCCUUCUGAUCUUCUUCCUCUUCAUUGGGGUCAUCCUGUUUUCCAGUGCUGUGUAUUUUGCAGAGGCGGACGAACCUACUACCCAUUUCCAAAGUAUCCCAGAUGCAUUUUGGUGGGCUGUGGUGACCAUGACAACUGUGGGCUAUGGAGACAUGAAGCCCAUCACUGUGGGGGGCAAGAUAGUGGGGUCCCUGUGUGCCAUUGCAGGUGUCUUAACCAUUGCUUUACCAGUGCCAGUGAUUGUCUCUAACUUUAACUAUUUCUACCAUAGAGAGACUGAAAAUGAGGAACAGACACAGUUGACACAAAAUGCAGUCAGUUGCCCAUACCUCCCUUCCAAUUUGCUGAAGAAAUUUCGGAGCUCUACUUCUUCCUCCUUGGGGGAUAAGUCAGAGUAUCUAGAAAUGGAAGAAGGAGUUAAGGAAUCUCUAUGUGCAAAGGAGGAGAAAUGUCAGGGAAAGGGGGAUGACAGUGAGACAGACAAAAACAACUGUUCCAACGUGAAGGCUGUGGAGACUGAUGUGUGACGCUCUUUCUCCACCCGUACCCCAGCCCCUCAAGCAUCUCCAAAUAUAUUUAUGCAUAGCGAGUGCAGUUAUGAAAAUGAAAUAUGCAAAUGAGUCCAAUGCAUACAGUAGUACACCAGUUAAUGGUUAUACACAACAUAAUUGUUACUGAACUUGUAUUACAUAUCAAAUAAAUGAUGCAUCUCGGAGAAAAGGGAGGCUUAAAUAGGAGCAAAUCUAUCUUUAUAUUUUUUAUUAGAAUGCAAGAAUUUUGCACAUUAACUGGAAAACAUGUUAACCGAAAAGAUGGUUCAUGGAGAGAAUGUGUGUGUGUGCGUGUACGUGUGUAUGUGUGUGUGUGGAAGUAAAUUGUCAGAGUUGUUAGUAAUUGUGUAGUGAUGGGAAGAGUUGGCAUUUUGAAGUAUUUACUAUGUAAGAAUUAAUGAAUUUGAGCAGUCAUUAUCAGUGCUUUAAUAGCACCUCACAUGUCUUUGGAUUCUGUAGUUGUUUUUUAAAAAACAUUGUAAGAAUUAAUGUGUAGAAAAAAAGUAAAUUAUUUAAUACAAUAUAGGUCACAAUUUUAUCUUGGAUUUAAUUAAAGUUUAUUUUUAACUGGAAAUUAACUUUAAAAAAGGCUUAGGGGCCUUUAGAAACCAAUUAUAUUUUAUUAUUAAUUUUGGGAAGAUAUGACAGCAAAUGCCUAACAUUGUGGAAGAAAUGAAAUCUGAGAAAAUGUAACAAGUUUUUUUUCACAGAUAACAGGACUGGAAUGCUUUUUUUUUUUUUCCUUUGCACUAUUUUAUAUGCUGGAGAUUGAGAGAGACUUCAUACUGUGAAUGUUUACUAAUGUAACAGUUCAAUGACAAUCAUUGGAAGAAUGAUUUCUUAGUUUUAUUUUAUUGCUCUUGUCUUCUUUGUGUGAGACUAAUGAUCACUCAGAUAACAGCACAUGACUCCCUCCUCUUUAAAAUCUAAAUAACUGAUUGAUCUGUUACAAUGAUGCUUCUGAUACCAUACUAUUUUAAAUAUUCUUCUGCCUUUUAAAUCCAGAGUAAUUUAAACACAGUUAAUGCAUGCACUGAAAGAAUUCUUGAAGAAAUAAGAUGCCCAGCAGCUACAGUGAUUAUGGCUUAAGAUUUUUCUAUUAAAUGUGCAACAUAAAUGCUAGAUUUACUAAGUUUAUUUCUUUGUGCAGCUACAUGAGAGCAGAAUGGGGGGGAUUCACCACAGAGUUUAGCAUUCUAUUUGCUAAAAUGAAUAUAAAGAAUCAUGUCAAAACAUUUGGUUUCAACAUCAUCACUAUCAUUAUCAUCUUUAUCAGAAGGGAAUUUAUGACACAUAUAAUUGCAUUUAGCGCACCACAAGAUGUUCUAAAAGGUGAGCUAAUAGUCAUCAGAUUUGCACAAUUAAGUCACAGUGAGAUACAGGUUAGAAAACUCAGAAUAUGCAAGAGGCCUUACUUUCCCAUGUUUCUUCAACUUCUAUUCUUUAAAAAAGGGUUGUGCCGAGCUUUGGCAAAAAAAUACCUUGUGGACUUUCUUGGUACAUAAACUCUGACAACAGUGAAUUAAAAAAAAAAAAGAGAGACCUAGAAUAGACUUUCUCAAGCUUUUUUAACCCCGGCUAUCCUUUGAUAAUUAUCUCACCCUUACCUCUCCUUAUAAUGGCAUUUGAAAUUCAAAGUAUGUUCAAUAUUAGGCUUAAAAGCAAAGCUACAGUCUUCUCCCCACUCCUUCCCCACCACUUCUAGGGAAACAGUUCUCUAGAACACUGUUGAAUGAAAAGCAGCAAGGAGGGGAGUUGAUUGAAUGGGCAGACCAAAGAUCUCUAGAGGACAGUAUUGUCAUGAAUAGCAAAUGAGAACUCAAGAACUCUUAAAUACUGGGUUCCAUAUAAAUGCCUGAUGUUAUAUUUAGGUUGCCUAAUCUUCUUCUGGGAGAAAAUGGGAUUAUGAAUCCAUGAGUUGCAUCUACUUUAUAAGGACAUUGUGAAAAUCAUGGGUAAUUUCUUUAACUUUGAGCUCCUUACAAGAAGUUGCUUUGCAGAUACAAAAUAGUCCUAUCAUUGAAUAAUUGUUGGAAUUUCAUCUUGGGGGAAGAUCCCAUGCAUGUCAUGGUAUUAAAAGUUGACUCUGAACAAGUUACCAUGUAUCUUAUGCUAUACCCAACUAGGUCGUAGUACAUCUUAAAAUAGUUAGACUUUCCAGCAUAGAACAUUUAUUGAAUAUCUUUGAUAGUAAUGAUUUGACUAAGUUGUUUGGGAGGGGAAAAAGUACUGUAUUUCAUUGUUUUUACAAUACCUCCUUUUUAAAUCUAAAAGUUAUGUUAAAUUUAAUUUAUGAUACAUAUGAUAAUUGAUGGCUUCUGAGAAUGCAGGAAAUACAGUAAUUUGGGGAUCUUGGGAUUUGCCUUUAUCUCACGUGGUUUUCUUGAGGGUAGGAGGGUUAAGGAGUGACAGUCAUGGGAUUCCAAACCAAAUGUUAUUAGGUCGUCACUAAAUGUAUGUUUGCUUGUUUUUUUCCUGCAAGAUCAUUUAUUUUUGAAUACCUGGGUCUUGAUUCCACACUGAGCAGGAAGUGUUUAGGCCCUCAAAAUUUCUGUGGAGCAUGUCUUUCCUGGAGGAAUGUAUGAAAGCAGGGCCUCCAGUGCAGCUGUGGGCUUAUAGCAUUUAUCUAAACCAAUAGCUAGGACUAGUGACUAAGGUUCAUGGCAAUAACCGAAAAGAACUAUUUGUGAAGAUUUUAUGUAGAGAAAUAUGCUUCCAGGAACUAUUUGUAACUGAUUUUAGGAAACUUUUAUCUUUUUGGAGGCCACCAUGUACGUUUGGUUAUAAGGUAAAAGAAGUGACCCCGUUUAGAGAUUUGGAUUCUUGGGAUCUGGGAUCCUUUAGUUGCAUUUCAGAUGAUAAUAAUUGCUAUCAAAAGCGCUGUAUUUGAAGGUCAUCCUAAUCCAAAUCUUUUCUAGGGUGGAUGUAUUGCUCUCUCUUGCAAAUGUUGAAAAGGAAAUAGUUAUUCAUAACAGUGAUAGGAUAGUGAGGAAGAGAGGAGGAAUUAACAAACAUUCCUUCAUUUUCUGUGAAAAGGAGCAAGUGGGUACCAGAAGAAUUGAUUGCUGGCCUAGGAAUGGAGAGCUGGCUUGUUGAAUUUAGGUAAAUGGUUUUAUCACCUCAAUUCUCAAUUUUAUUUUGUUUUUCAAGUGUAAAAGCAGGUAUUGCUCUAUAUUAUUAUUAGGUUCCUUCCAAUACCAAAAUUCUAUCAUAAGUUGAAGGAAGCAUUAGACUGCUUGAUGUUUUCAAAGUACCUCUCAAGUCAUACCAGCCUUGAUACUGUAGUUGAGUAACAUGAUGAGCAAAAUCAUUUUAAAAUAUCACUGUAGGUUUACUACAGAAUCAGGAGUUUGAGUUUUUAGUAUGCGAACGAAACUGAAGGAAUAGGACAUAUUUUGAAGCUAUUUAUUCUGAUGACUUUUAAAGAGAAGGGAUUUGCUUAAUGAAAAAUAACUGCCUGGUCUCCAGUUGAAUACAUAUGGUGAAAGUUGGUAAGUAAACAUUUUGAUUUCUUGCUUUGUUAUAGCACAGUCAUGUCAGUAAACAAGAGGAUUCUGACCUGUGCUGGGGAACUAAUUUUAUGCUUAGACUUGUGGUGCUUUACAAACGCUACUGCUCUCAUUGUCAAAUUUGUUUCAAACAGGAUUGCUGAAGCUUUAUGAAAAUCUUUUCAUUAAGUAUGUGGUAACAUAGAACCCAGGAAAAUACUCUCAGAAUUAAGACACAUAUUUUUACCUUUUAAAUAUUUAUUAUACAUUAACAGAUGUUGGUUUUUAAUUAUAUUGAAAUCAUAAACCUACCCCCUUCUCCCAUUAAAAAUGAUGUUUUCUACUGUUGUUGAUUUUCAGAGUUUUGAUGCAUCUUUAGCACUAACUUUGCAGCUAUUAUUGGUAAAGUGGAAAGUGCACCUAGAUUCAAUUUACACUUUGAAGUGAACAAGUGGUGAUGUGCUCAUAUGCACGGUGCAAAGUGUAACUUCCCUCUUUAUAUAUAUUUUUUUUUUAUCAAUACAGUUUAGAAUGAUUACGGGGUGUCAUUCAGUGACAAAAGGGCCUUUUCCAGUAAGUCUUCAUGACCCAAAAGUCAUUCUGCAUUCUGCAAGGAACAUUUGGUGUGGACAAAAGGUACCUCUUGGUUUUCCUGCCUAAAAAGAAACUUAACUGAGGGCACAGGGGCUUCCAGACCUCUGUAGCCACUGCAGGUUAAGACAAUCUGUCCUAUUUUCCAGUAUGGAAAUCAGUUUUCCUAUACGAAAUGAGGUUGGUAGAGUGGUUUGUAUCAAGACUGAAGGAAGAAGAGUUAUUUUUGCAAUAAAUGGGAAUAUGUACUUCUGAAAUGUAAAUUAAGAUUAGGCCUGUGAUUUGAGUUUUAUUUCUGACUUGUUUUUCUGUUUCCAUAGCAGUCUGAUUUCUUAGAGUAUCUUCUUUGUAAAAAUAUGCUCAUACUAAUCAGACUAUGUGGCCCCAAUUUGAGUUUCAGAAAAUAUGGUCACCUUUAGUUAUUUGUGUGUAACUAAUCCCAGGUUUUUUUGAACAAAAAGCACAUAUUUAAUGAACUGUGGCUGUACGUGAGAUUUAAGUUUUCCCCUCCCCACCUUUUAGGCCUCUGGGUGAUUCUAAAUGGGACCAGAAUAGAUGCAUAAGACAAGUAUUGUGCUAAAUAGGGUGUCUUCCUUUCAUCCUGGAAAGCAUAUUCCCAAAUUCACUGGUCUAAUUUCAUGGUAUUUCUGACCUGCGAUUAAGUUUUUGAUCCAUUUUGUCACUGGUUUCCUGGAAGAAGUAUUUGUAUCCAGAGUGUCAGGAGCUAAAUGUGUAUGUUAGUUGAUCCACAAAGAUAGUCAACUUUUGCUUCCUAAUCUGCAGAUUACCUGUUUUGUAAACAGCUAGUAUUUUAUCUGAGGUUGACUUCACUCAGUCUCAUCUCCCAUUAAACAGUCCAGAAAAUAUAAAAUGAUAAAAAGACAAGGCAAUAUAAUACAACAAAAUCAACAAAAACAUAGAAACUAGAAAGCCAAGCAAAAUCUAACUGGGAAGCCAAAUCUUUUGUUCAAAUCAAUAUGUUCCAUUCAUCAGCACUAAAUAUAAAUGAUUUAGGGGUAAUUUUUUAUGGCCUCUUGCUGUUAGUGUAGAUAACCAAGAGUUGACUGUUGUGGUGGGGAGACAUAGCAGAAAUAGGUUACCUAAAGAAUAUACAAGUUAACAUCUCCUGUGAAAAUUACCAUUUUCUUAGUACUAAUUACUACGGAUUAAUAAAUAUGGAAAAUAUACUAUGUUUUUUUCCAGUUAUUGGUAUUAUAUGAAAAUGUGUUUGGAUUGUUUUUUCGUGAUUCUGUAGACCAGGAGUGUAUUUUCAAAUCCAGAGCCCAGGAAGGCAUUUUCAUCCAUUACUUCUAUAGCCACUGGCUAUGGAAGGGUCAGUCAUCUGUUAGAUUCAUCAACACAGUUAAAUCUCUGUGAAUAUUGACUAAAGAUGUGCCAUCAGGAACUAAAGAAUUAUAUUUUCUUUAAAAUGAUUAUAUGACUAUAUAUACAUAUUCAUAAAUAUUCCUAUAAAUGAAAUAUACUUCAUAUGCUGCCUUUAUUCUUGCAAAAGACGGAUAUGCAAGGUGAAUGACCUAAGGCAUUGAAAGAGACUUUUUGAGGGAAAUGGUGAGACUUAAGGAUUGAGAAACUCUUGUUUACACUGUAGGAUGGACUUUUGUUCUGUAUAACCAUCAUAGCAUUAGGGCUAAGUCUGGGACAGUCCAUGGGAUGAGGCUAUAUGGAGUUUCAUUCCCAGGAAGUUAAUUAUGCUUUAUGGAAAUUGCAAAAUGUUGAUUUUAUUUAUUUUAAUGCACAUUGUUCCAAUUAUAAAAAGGAUGCAUAUAGAAUGAAAAUUAGAUUUUAAGGCCCCCAUAGAUCCGCUAGAAAUAGACUUCUUGAAGCCAUUAUCUUUCAGCACUUUUGUUGGAUCUGCUGCCUAAUAUGACUGCCUUAAUUCCCUUAGAUUCAGUUACUGCGUUAAAAAGUCUCAGGUUAUUGUUCUUUUUGGUGACUGUUCCAACAUCUGUCUUAGCCUCUGAGGGCACUCAUAUAUGAAACCAUAAAAUAGUUGGUAAAUCUCAUAUCUCUUGGAGACAGAGUUAGAUUAUCUGAACUCUUUCCAUGAUAGCGACCAAAUUAGUUAACAUGGAGGGUGCAUGUUAUUCUAUUUAUAAAUUCACUUAUACCUGAAUAGAAUGAUGAUUCCCCCCAGAGAAUACUGAUGGUGUUGAUAGCACCUGAGUGAGUCUUUUUUUCUCCUCUCAAUUGUUAGGGAUCAUGAUCCAAAGAGGCUUUCAUUUGCUGUUAGGCAGAGUAGGAAAUAAUUAAUGAAGCUCCCACUGGACUGAACUCUAUCAAGAGGUGAUAGAAUCUCUAAGGAAUGAAGUAGAGUUUAUAUUUAUUUGCCAUGUCUAGUUGGUGUCAUUGUUGGCUUCUAUGUUGAUGGGUAGAUUUUAGUUUUAGAGUGGUUUAACCAAAUACUAAAAUGACUAGAUAAAGAAAUAGAGAUUAUACAUUCUAAAUUAUCUUAUUAGCUUGAGGAGCAUCUCUAGUUACAUAUUUUAAGAAAUAAAUAAGAGAUUUGGAGAUUACAAUCUAUGCUAGGAGCCAUUUAUUUGGAGGGAGAUGUAGUCCAUAAAUGAUUCAUUUAUUUGGGUUUCUUGAGAGAAUAAUGGAAUUCCUUGUUUUUCUUCUCUUAUUUUUGAUUUUCCAUAUUAUUUUUAAAUUGGUACAUUGGAUAUAAACAUUUUUUUCUUCUGGCAAAGCAAGUGAAAAUCUUUUGUUAAGAAAUGUUAGAGGAUGAUAAGAUAGUUUGGUAGCCUUUUUUGCAACAUUCGCUAUUUCUCAGUAUAGAAGCUGAUUUCAGUAUAUUGAAAUACUAUAUGGGGAAAUGCAUAUAUAUUAAAAUCUAGAUGAUAGAGCAGGAAUGUUAAGAAUACAUUUUCUUUAUGGAUUCCUAAAAGUGUUCUCAGAGUUCUUGACCCAUUUCCUCCAGAUCUGAUCCAGCCAGUGAGAAGUCAGUAAACUGCUUUCUUCCUGGAGGAGCAGAAGCAGCUAAGCAGGAUCAGGACC